AUGCCGGUAAUAGAAUGCAGCAUUUGUCUGGAGAAUUUCGAAAACGAAGGCGCCUACCGAGGCCAUCUUGAGUAUCAUGAACAUCGUGCUACAGAGCUGCUGGAAGAGCUUCAAGCUUGCUUGCGCCAUAUUUCUGCCCAACCGCGCCUGAUCAACGGCCAGCCUAGUCCCAUCUCACGAUCGUCUGCAAUCAAUCAACCUGAUACGAGUCCUUCUCGAACGCGUUCUUGGAUAUGCCCUCAUCCAGAUUGCGCUAGAAAGCUUAAGAGAACAUCAUUUGAGCGACGAAAAGAUCUGGUCCGACAUGCCGAGUCCCAUAUGGAUUGCCAAGAAAAAUGCCUCUUCUGCGCGAUUCCGAUAUUACAGGUUCGAAAAUACUUCACACACUACGAUAAAUGCCCGACUCGGCUUGAACACCAGCGGACUGGGAUUCUGUCGGUGGAGAAAGACGACGAGAUGCGGAAAAAGCGGCAAGAUUUGCAUGAAAAUACUGAACUUUGGCUAAACAGAUUGCUUCCUUCGGGCGCAUCCAAUAGGGCGAGUGGGCGGAGGGAGAGGCGGAGGUCGAAGAUACCAGCUAACGUGGUGAAACCCAGCGUCACGAGGCACGAUGCUAUUCAUACUAACUACCAUCCACGACAAAACCCAGAUCAUGGCGCACCGCUACCGGGCGGAAACGCCAUACAAGCAGAAAUCACAACAUCUAAUGACCCCCGAGCAACUGGGCUUGAAGCAAACAAAGUUGAUGGAAACUCCAUGAUAGCCAGCCAAGAUGUGUCCGCCUUUAAUGAUCUCUUGCGGGAAAUGGAGUUUGGCUACACGGCCAGCGCACUUCCUACAAUCGAUGUAUCAGCCAUGGCUAACCACUCCAUUCUACCCCGUGCUCCGGUUGUUACGUCCUAUACCAUGGAUGAGCCGUACUACAUCAAUCCCAGUCACCGAUCCAUGGAAUUGGGCAUCAACCAGUUUGCCAAUGGUUAUGUUGAUGGAGCUGAUGGAACCGGUUGA